CGGUAGGCGUGGCCUCCAGGUAGCGGAGAAGCGCAGGUGAGAAGAGAGAAAAGCCGAACAGGUAAGCAGCCGAGCCACGGGCAGACUGCGACGCGCGCUCCACGCGAGACCGUGCGUGUACCCUCGUCGGUCAGACCGGGGCCAGUCAGGGUCCUGCUGUUAGCCAGGACGCUCCGAGAGUAUCUUCCGGAAGACCAACCAACGGACAGCUGUCGGGCUACCUGUGCGAUUCUUCUUUGCUCUACGGAUCAUCCGAUUCCGUCUACUUGCUCGUUUCAUCGAUCGCCUCUCACGAUUCGAAGAAAAUUAUUCUGUUAUCAACUGCGUACAACCGCAUACAACGUUGCUUUGUGAUAGAAAAAUCAUCUGGCUUGAAAGAGUGUUGAAAAUACGUUUCUCAGAGAAGUGUUACUCGUCUUGCAUCUGUAAUAAUCGAUUCCAAGCAUCGAACUGAACCGCCUUGGACGCGCGAACCGGGUACGAGACCGCGACCUUGGCGAACCACGUGGAGGAUCGCCAGCGAGCAGCCCAGUGAAUGGAAAAACUGUACGUGCGUCGGGACUGUCUGUGGGGUUGAUACCGAUUGUGUACGUCGUUUGUGCGUUCCUUGAUCUCUAGUGCCAAUAAAAAGAGACUACGAUUCGCUGCUCGCCUCCAUGAACAGUCGCAAGACUUAGGGGACUAAUCGAUCGACCAAUUGGACGCAAUGUGCGAAGCGGUGCCGCGUACUUGGUACAUGAAACCGGAACUUCACUACAGCGCCAUUGGAGUUCCGGCGGGCGCUCUGUCACCCCCGGCCACGCUUUCACCGCCUAGCAGCCCCAGCGUCACGCUGCCGCCUUCGCCGUGGAGUCCUGGCGCGGCUGCAAGUAGCUUGAACACCGCUGCGACAUCCUCCAAUCCUUCUUCGGUUUCCUCCACGAGCCUCGGCCAACCGACACCGGACCGUUUCAGCGCUUUCACCCUCGUCUCCACCUGUAAUUCCGACGCCAGACUUCAGAGUCUACCGCUGACCAACACAACCACGGCACGAGAGAUGCGUUGUGGUCUGAUGUAUGGUGGUUAUGGGUCGACCGGGGCUGCAUGGUGGGCUGCUCAACACCAGUUGAGUCUCUUGCUGCCCCAUUCCCUGUUGCCACCCUCGAGGAUUUCUAACCAGCAAACUACACCGGUUGCAAAUUGCUCGCCUAUUCACCCAGAACCCCUGAACACGUCCAGAGCUGGCUCGCCACGAAGAUGCACCCCGGAGAAGGCGAAGUUCGAGGAGGAGGCGCCGCUAAAUUUAAGUACCAAACCUAACGACGUUUCGUCCACCAUGAACCGAAAGAGUGAAAUUUGGUCACCGGGAACAGUCUGCGAGAGGGAAGCGAAAGAAACCAGGAUACUAUCAUCCAGGAGUCCAUCCUCGACGCCUGUAAUCACUCGACAAAUCCAUCAUUCACCGUUGACACCACCCUCCUCUUCGGAAAGGACAUUCCAAUGUAAACAAUGUGGGAAAGCCUUCAAACGUUCGAGCACUCUCAGCACUCAUCUUUUAAUACACUCUGACACCAGACCGUAUCCCUGUCAAUAUUGCGGCAAGAGGUUUCAUCAGAAAUCAGACAUGAAGAAGCACACUUACAUUCAUACCGGUGAGAAGCCGCAUAAAUGCGUGGUGUGUGGCAAGGCGUUCUCCCAGAGCAGCAAUCUGAUCACGCACAUGCGCAAGCACACAGGCUACAAACCGUUCCAGUGUGGUCUCUGCGACAAGGCGUUCCAGAGGAAGGUGGAUCUGCGACGUCAUCGAGAAGGACAGCAUCCAGCCGCCCCGGCGCUCGAUUAUCGCUCGCUCCAACUACCCUCGCAGCCCGCCAACGUCAAACACUCUCCUCCUCUACAACCUGCCCCCGGUUAUCACAUGAUACCUGUCCCCGGUAAUAGUUGAGAUUCUUUCACGAUCUUGUCACGAACACCGUCUGCCUGUCAUUUCCUUCUUCUUGCUCUUUGUCCCCGCGUGAAUGCCGAAGAGGCACAGUUGAAGAGAGAGAAGUACUAUACAUAGCAAAAUGAGAGAUAAGGAAGAGAUGGAUAUGCGGAUGCAAAUUGGAAGAUAAUGGAUGGAUAGGAUGAUACAGUAUGUGUGUAGGGUGUUGAGAGGUUUGUUGAAGAUAACAAGAUAAGAAAAAGAGCGUGUGUUAUUAGUAUCAAAUAGAUAUGAAAUCUAUUCUCGUUUCGGUAACUGCGGUAGAUUUGAAGUUCAAGUAUUCUUUAGGGAUGUUGCUGUAGCUACACUUGGUAAAGCUACACUUUGUUCAGAUUUUAACAAUCCUCGGAGAAAUUCCUUAAAGAAGAGAAAUUCCAAUCGAAAGAAAUAUUAUAAAAGUUCGAAAUCGACUCCAAAAAUGAACUACUCUUAAUUACAAUUGCUACGUGACGAAUGAAAGAAUCAUAUUUUAACAAAUUUCGUAACUUCCAGUACAACCAACGAUCGUACGUUGUACAGAAGAGAACUAUCGUUUUUCCAAACGACUCGAAUCACAUGUUCCCACGUCUUUGGAACGUUACAUUCUUUCUCAACACCCUCUGUUCACGCUCGUAUACAAAACACGGAAAUAUUAAAAGAUCGGAAGAACAAACGAGGAAGAAUGCUCGUUUAUACGAUGCACGGUAGUUCGAUCGAGAUUCAAAGCGGACAAAAGUACGACCAUCGUGAUCGAAGAAUCACGCAUUCCACGAACAAUCGCUUAUAUUUCGAACGCAACAAAUUUGCAUUUUCUAUCGUCAAAGGAAGAUUCGAACUGCGUAACGAACGUAUUAGAUGUAGGCAGACACCUGUUCCAAGUGGCUGGCCCUGUUAAUAACCGGUACUUGUAUACCUGCGAGCUGUUCAACAAUGAAAAAACGCCUUAGGGGAGGCACGCUUUUGCAUAUUUCUCGAGCUAAACUAGCGGUCCUCGGCGAGUGUUACGAGAUCGACCACUGUUUUGAGGUAGGGAACCUUCAGCCGUCCAUUAUUGCUGUACUUUCGGUAUGUAACGUACAUGUAUAUAUAUAAAUAUACAUCUUAUAUAGAUAUAUAUUGACAAAAAUUAUGUUAUAUAUACAUAUGUGUGUAUAAUUAUAUAUACAUAUAUAUAAUUAUAUAUAUGUAUAUAUAUACACGCAUUGAAGCAAGCAGAUACGUGUGUAUACAUAUGUACACGUAUAUACGUGCGUGUCACGUACAAAGAUACGUAUUUAGGAAAAAUUAAAGAAGUUAUAGAAGACUAUGGAAUUCUUUAGUUUAAAAAAAAAAAAAAAAGAGUAUUGAUUUUCGAUAUUACGUAUGAAAUUCAGCGGCGUAUUUCGCGAAAAAGAAAAGACGCUAUCGUGUGUUUGCAUGUGUGUACACAUAUAUCGGCGCGUAUAAAUCCGUAUAAUAUUAUAUCCGAGCCAGCGUUACCAAUUGCACGUGCAGGGUUUUCAAAUACUUAGUUGUAUGCUCAUUUACAUUUAGAAGCGAUUUUGCUAAUCACUUAAUCGCUCGAGUGGCAAUGUGUCGAGCGAAGUAUAAUUCUUGGUAUUCUGAAGUAUAGAUCUUGGUAUUUCAUAUAAAAAUAUAAAAACCAUUUGUUAGUGUUGUAAGAAAAAAUGUAUAAACAAUCUUGUAACAUAUCUGAUCUUUAGAAAAGCUCGUUUUUCCUUUAGAGAUUAUUAAAAUGAAUAUAAAGUGAAUUCGUUCGACGAUCAAAUCUGUGGGACGAAAAAUAAUUGAAUUUGAAUCUUGUAAAACUUUUUAUGCCAUCGUCAUCUCUAAAAGAGACGACGAUAACGAAGAUACAGUAUAAAGUGUAGCUAAUUGUAAUUAAAUUGCCACUCGAGAGAUUGGAAAGUAAGAAGUUCUUUCGAAGUGUGUUUUUAUAUAAUAAUUAAAUAUCGAUCGAGUAUCGAUUAAAUGUACAGUCGUGCCGCAAUAAUCACCAUGCUGCCCGGUAUUUUUCAUAUUUUUUACUAUUUCUACCUCCUGCAAUCAGACUCACGAGUGGACAGAAGGUCUAUUUCAAAGGAACGUGUCUUAUUUAAAUUAAUCGUUUUUAUUAAUAACGCUAUUUCAUCGUACUUUUUAGUUUAGGAAUUUUUGAUCGCAAAUAGGAAGAUGAAUUAUUAUAAAAAAAUAAGCGGAUUUUUCUUAAUAAAGCAAUGCAAUUGCUUGGCAAUUAUUCGCGCGAUAUUUUUAAAUAUGUACGAAAUUUAUAUCUAGAAUUGUAAAAAAUGUGUAUGGAUAAUGUUAAUUUUAUGUUUAGGUAGAAAUCUUAUUUUUUAUUAGCUUGUAAAAUUCCUUUUUCGAAAUGUAUAGAAAUUAUAAAAAGAAUUGUAUUUUCCAAAGCCAAAGAAAUGUUUAUUCAUCUUGUGCAAUUAAUAUUAGUUUUAUUUAGAUUCUCAUAGAGAAAUUAAAUGACAAAAUCUCAUGUGCUUUUUAUUUGCGAUAAAAAUUUCUGCUUAAGUACCGAAACUCCACCGGUGCCAUCGAAAGCAAAAAACAGAUUUUUGCCCGAGGAAAUGAACAAAAAGACGCGAACUUUUAAACUCGCGUUAAAUUCGAUCUAGUUGAAAGAAAAAUCCCAUAAAUCGGAAACUUGUAUCUUUUUAUCGGCAAUUUCUCGAGCUUGGAACCACUCGUUAAAGAAAGAAAUUAUUAGUUAAGCGCUGUUCUUCGAUACGUUCCGCCCUUCAAAUUGUACUAAUUGCACAAAAGUAAUUGCGAGAAGAAAAAAUUCGGGGACGAUGUAUUGUAAAUAAUUUUAUGUUCUCGUCGAAUUAGGAGAGAAACGAGGCAGAAAGGAAAAAGAAAGGACUAAACGAUUUCACUAGAAAUUCGAUGUCUGGCAAAGAAUCAUAGCGGCUAGAGGACCAAAGAUAUAUUAUAAGUCGGACCUAGUCGAAUGGUAUUGUUCGGGUCGAGAUGAAAAUUCAGUGAAAAUGUAAAAAAUCGCCACGCCCGAAAAUUCACCAAAGACUUUGGUCCUUUUUUGCGUACGUACGAAUUGUAUUAUAUCUACUAUUAAGAUUAAUCGAUCGUCCAAUUGAGAGCGAGAUAUCACCGUAAGAAGUUGAUAUUUUUUCAAUGUCUCUAAUUACAAUCGUCGAAAUAAUUGUUAAACCGUGCGAUCGCGUCUUAUGGUUAUGACCGUAAUUAUCGAAUUUUAAUACGUCGACGAACAAAGAUUUGUAUUCGAUCGAAUAAUCAAUCUUAACCCUGGAACUAUUGUAAUUAAUUCGUUUUCACGACCACGUGGAUCUUUAAGAUCUGCCUUCUUGGGAAAUAUCAUAGCCACUGAUUUUCCACGAUUUUUCAACGAAGUGAUCGUAACAAUUCUGUAAAUUUCUUUGGAACGUUCGAUUAUGACAAAACGAUGAUCUAAGGGUUAACGAUUAGUGAAAUUUAGAUAAGGAUGAAAGACCGAUAGAUCGAUAAGUAGAUUUAAUCGUAUGAGAGCGUGAGAGGCGUGCGAUUGUCGAGCGUAUUCGCGAGGGACUUGUAUUAAUCGGUAAAACCAAAAAAUAUGUUCAUAAUUGGUAUAAAAGUGGUAUCAAUUGAAUAAAUUGUUUUUCUUACAAAAUA